AUGUACAGAAUUUCAUUAAAUACCCUUAAAACAACUACAACAAGACAAUUUUCAACUACUUCAACAAAUUUAGUAAAUUAUGGAUUUGUAGGAUUAGGACAAAUGGGUCAACAUAUGGCUAAACAUAUAUAUAAUAAUUUAGAACAAGAUGAUCAAUUAUAUGUAUAUGAUUCAGUACCAGAAGCUACUGAUAAAUUUGUUUUAGGAGUAACAGAAGAAAAUCCAACAAAUUCUUUAAAAUUAACUAAAUUACCUACAUUAUCUUCAUUUACAACUGAUGUUGAUGGACAAUUAGAUUUUAUUGUAACUAUGGUUCCCGAAGGAAAACAUGUAAAAUCAGUAGUUGAAGAAAUUAUUACUUCUUAUAAACAAAAUGGUUAUUCACCAGAAUAUAAAACAACUAUAAUAGAUUCUUCAACAAUUGAUAUUCCAACUUCUCAAGAAAUUCAUAAAUAUGUUAAAGAAACUAUUCCAGAAUUUGAUUUUAUUGAUGCUCCAGUAAGUGGUGGUGUAGCAGGUGCAAGAAAAGCUUCAUUAUCAUUUAUGUUAAGUAGAGAUACUAUUUCAGAUGUAUCACCAGCAUUAACUACAUUAUUAAAUAAAAUGGGAAAAAAUAUUUUCCCAUGUGGUUCAAAACAUGGUACUGGAUUAGCAGCAAAAUUAUCAAAUAAUUAUCUUUUAGCUAUUACUAAUAUAGCAGUUGCAGAUUCUUUUCAAUUAGCUAAAACUUUUGGAUUAAAUUUACAAAAUUAUGCAAAAUUAGUUGCUGUAUCAACUGGUAAAUCUUGGGCAUCAGUUGAUAAUUGUCCUAUACCAGGAGUUUAUCCAGAUGCAAAUUUACCAGCUGAUGUUAAUUAUAAUGGUGGAUUUAUUACAAAAUUAACUAGAAAAGAUGUAGUUUUGGCUACUACUUCUGCAGAAAAAUUUGGUAGAUUUUUAUUUUUAGGUGAUGUUGGUAGACAUUGGUAUGAUAAAGCUUGUGAAAGACCUGAUAUUGCUAAUCGUGAUUUAGCUGUUUUAUAUGAAUGGUUGGGAGAUUUAAAACAAGCUGAAAAUGGAGAUAUUAUUGAUACUAAAGGUGGUGAACACAAGUAG